CUCACUUCCUUGACAACUUCCUUCACAACAGCUCUGCGCUGCGCGACGAAGCGCAAGAACUAUGAGUGCCAUGACUUCUGUAGAGGCUAUCACCGUACGUAAACGCUGCACGACCAAUGCAGACUACAGAUUGACCAUACAGCGCCUUUAAGAGUCGUGGACGGGAAUCGAAGCUGCAUGAUUGCAUGUGAGUUGCUGAUGCUUCGUUGCACACCAAAACCGCAAACAAGAAGGCAGACCGAGGACUUGGCAUAUUGUUACGUUGUUGUUUCUGUUUGCUAUGAGAAAACAAUCACAUUUUGUUUCUGAAAACAAUCUCAUUUUGUUUCUGAAAGUCGCAUUUUGAAAUUAAACCGGCAUCUCAGUCGCCUGAAAUUGCCAAAUGCGGCUCGCAUCCUAUCACACUCUCCCUUUCAGCUCCAGCUCAGCAUCCAUAUUUUUUGUGCAUCCCCGUGUUGGUGUAUAGGGAGUGGCAACCUUCUGAUAAAUCAACCGAUCAGCGCACCCCUCUCCUAUAGGAAAAACAAAUACGUUUAUGCGUAAAUUGUACAUUAAAAGCUAAAAUGGAGAGAGAUUGCCACCAUUCCGAUUUCUAGUGCCUCAAACCGAAAGCCUUGAUAGGGACUUUCUCAUCCCUGCACAUCUCCCCUGUACAUGAUGAACAUGCUGAAGUCCAGUGGACUGAAGAUCCCUGGCAGGGGCCCAAAGCACUCCCCUGGCCCCGUGGGACGAACCUCUGGUGGGGGAUCUGCUUCCGGCACUGUGGGCCAUAAAGACAACUCCCAACACAAGCAGACCUCCCCACUCCCCAGCAGCAAUGCCUCGGAGAAGUCGUGCUCCAAAACAUCCGAGGUGGGGGACGACGUCCUGGGGGACUACGUAGUUGGCGAACGCGUCUGGGUCAACGGGGUCAAACCGGGCGUCAUCGCCUACCUGGGCGAGACCCAGUUCGCCCCGGGACAGUGGGCUGGGGUGGUCCUCAACGACCUGUUGGGCAAAAAUGACGGCUCUGUGGGCGGCGUGCGCUACUUUGAGUGCCAGCCACACCAGGGCAUCUUCACGCGCCCCUCCAAGCUCACCAGGCAACCGGUGGGCGAAGGGAGCGACGGCCACUCUGCUGAUUCCCUGACGGCUCAGAACCUGACGCUCCAUGGCGUCAACGGGGCUUCGCCCGCUGGUCAGCGCGCGGUUAUGCCACUCAGGGAAGGAAUGCUCAACAGUUCGGUAAAGACAGGUAACGAGUCAGGUUCCAACAUGUCCGACAGCGGCUCGGUCAAGAAAGGCGGGGAUAAGGACCUUCGAGUGGGAGACCGCGUGCUGGUGGGAGGCACUAAGACAGGAGUGGUGCGCUACGUGGGGGAGACUGACUUUGCCAAGGGUGAGUGGUGCGGCGUGGAGUUGGACGAGCCCCUGGGGAAGAAUGACGGUGCAGUGGCUGGAACCAGGUACUUCCAGUGUCCGCCCAGGUUUGGACUGUUCGCACCCAUCCACAAGGUGAUCCGUAUCGGUUUCCCCUCCACCAGCCCGGCCAAGGCCAAGAAGAGCAAGCGCAUGGCCAUGGGGGUGUCAUCCUUGGCCCACAGUCCCAGCAGCUCGUCCAUCAGCUCUGUUAGCUCUGUGGCUUCCUCGGUGGGCGGGCGGCCCAGUCGCACUGGCCUGCUCACAGAGACGUCGUCACGCUAUGCCCGCAAAAUUUCAGGCACUACUGCGCUGCAGGAGGCACUGAAAGAGAAACAGCAGCACAUCGAGCAGCUGCUGGCCGAGAGGGACCUGGAGCGGGCCGAGGUGGCCAAAGCCACCAGCCACAUCUGUGAGGUGGAGAAGGAGCUCAGUGUCCUCAAGGCCCAGCACCUGCAGUAUGUCACAGAGACUGAAAGCAACCUCCAGCAAGUCAAAACUCUGUUGGCAAGCACUCAGAAGGACAAAGUAGAGCUGGCCAAUCAGCUUGAAGAAGAGAAAAGGAAAGUGGAAGACCUUCAGUUCAGAGUGGAGGAAGAGUCAAUCACCAAAGGAGACCUUGAGACUCAGACGAAAUUGGAGCAUGCCCGUUUUCGGCAGCUUGAGCAGAAUCUGUUCCUCGAAAAGUCGAGAGCAGAAAAGCUUCAGAAAGAAUUAGAGGGAAGACGCAGACUUGAUGCAGCACCCUUGAGGUUGGGUAAGAGAACCAAGCAAAGCACGGUUGAGGAGCAGAGCCGCGUCAUGCAGCUGGAGGAUGAGCUGGCUUUGCGGCGGGCCGAGAUCGAGGAGCUCCAGGUCCGGCUCCGGGAUGCGGCCAAGGACGGGGACUCCACCCAGGGGCCGGUGGCCCAGUCGGAAACCCUUCUGCUCCGGGAGCAGCUCCUGACGGCAGGCCGGGAGCACCACAAGGAGAGCAGCCAGCUAAGGGAGAAGUACGAGGCUGCAGUGGCAACGGGCCAGGAGGAGACAGACAAACUGAAAGCCAUGGUGGACAAACAGAGCCAGGAGAUCAUCGAGCUGAAGCAGAGAGUCCAGCAGGCCACUACAGAGAACAUGGAGAUGAUGGACAACUGGAAGGUCAAGCUGGACACCCUGGUCAACGACCACCAGCGUUCCCUGGAGGACCUGAAGGCCUCGCUGUCCAGCGGCUUGGCCAAAGGCCAGGAGCAGGAACCCCAGGAGCUGAGGACCACACUGGAGAGCCUGCGCAUGGAGCACCAGCUGGAGCUGGAGAAUCUCAAGGCCAGGCAUGAGAUCGAGGCAGCCAUGCUGGCCAAGGAGCGUGACGAUCUGCGCUCCCGCCUGCAGGAUGCCAAGGACCAGCUGGGCGAGAGCAGCCAGAACUGGAAUAGCCAGGCCCAGACGAAGGCCAGGAGUGACCAGCAGACCCUGGAGCUGAGGGAGGUCUGGGAGAAGUUCCAGAAGGCCCAGCUGAGGGUGGGCGAGCUGGAGAGGCUGCAGGGCGAGCAGGACGGUGCCCGAGACGAGCUCCGGGAGCGCUUGGAGCUGGCUGAGAAGAAGAUGGUGGACUACAAGGCCCUGCAGAAGGCCGAGGCCCAGAGCAGGCAGGAGCUCUACAGCAUGGAGGAGAAGCUGAGGGUGACUGAGAACCGGCUGCAGGCGGUGCAGGAUGACCACCACAUGCCACAGGAUGCCAACGUUAUAGAAAAUAAUGACAUCUUGGAGGAAAAGAUGAAGCUAAAACAGAAUGUUGAAGAAACUAUGGAGAAUCUGACCAAAAGAGAAAAAGAGGUCUCUACUCUCACAUCACAUGUCGAUGCCCUGAAAUCACAGAUAACUGCCUUGGAGGGCAAAGUUCGCUUGGGUGAGAAGAAGGGCGAUGCCCUGGUCAAGGAGAAGAUGCGCCUGGAGGCCGACCUCGAGUGCAUGACCAAGAAGUCCCAUGAUGCAUCGGGACAGCUGGUUGUCAUUAGCCAGGAGCUACUGAAGAAGGAGAGGAGUCUGAAUGAGUUAAGGGUGUUACUGCUGGAUUCCCCUCGCCACUCGCCCGGCCUGGACCGAGACCUGAGCCGAGAGGUGCACAAGGCUGAGUGGAGGGUGAAGGAGCAGAAACUCCAGGAUGAUAUCAAGACCCUGAGAGACAAACUUCUCCUGCUGGGCAGGGAGAGGGGCUCGUCCCCAGAUCACCGGCGCUACUCUAUGCUGGACCCGUCGACCCUGGACUCGGAGGUGACCCGUCUGCGCCAGCGGCUCAUGAGCACAGAGGAGGCUCUGAGGGGAGCCCUGGAGCACAACCAGGAAGUGGACCAGCUGGUGCAGGCCAUGCGCACGCACCCAGACAAGAGCGAGGUGCAUGGUGGUGCAAAUUCAGCCAAUGGGAUUCAUCAACAGAAUUCUUCCUUUACUCAAGAUGAACAACACUGAUAUAGGAGAAGAAGAGCUCAUCUUGAAUUGGGGAAAUGCAGAGGUACAUUUUAAAAGAAGAAGUCAGUACGACUUGGGACUAGCACUCCACUGGACUCCAGACAACAUUUUCUGUUUACAGUUACUACCAAAACAAUGUAUUUCUAUCUCAAUAUGUACAUUCAUCUGUUGCAAAAAAGAAAAACACCCAUUAGCCAAACUUAAGACAGCUUGAAGAUACUGUAAAGUGGUUGACAGAGGUGAAGAAUUAUAGGUAUGACUUUUGAAAACUGACACAUACCCUGCCUACAUACCCAAGGAUGGAAUUGGACGUUUGGGCAUGAGAUAACCUUUUAUGUUAGUUUAUUAGAGAUCAUGACCCAAUGAGCCAUGAGGGACGAAUUGUGACUCCAGAGAAUGAAAUGACUCUGGUGUCUGAUUGAAAACAAAGAUUAAGAAUUUGGCCUCAAUCCAUCACUUUUUGUUUUAUUUAUUUGCCACACUUCUUUUUUUAUCCUUCUUAGAUUACUGUAGCUGAUUUGAUUUGGCCAGUGACGUUCAAUUUGCUUCAUAGCGAACAUGCUCUGUAGCGAACAUGUGAAUGAAACUGGGAUGCUGCUGGAUUUAGGCUGAUGUUGUAUCUACAUAUGAAUAUAACUGCAUUAUCUGAAACCUGUGCAUAAUGUAAAAGUGUAUUUAGCCAACUGAACCAAUCCAACUCGGUGCCGUAUGUGCACCAAAUAGCUAUCAGUUUAAUGGUUUACUCAUUUGAACUGAGUUAUCCUUAAUUCCACUAUGGCUUUACUGGAUAGCGGGAAACCAUACCACUUUGUAGUGUUUUCAUACACGUGAGAAGAAAAAAAAAGAAAAAAGAAAGUCUUAACUUCCUAUUGUUGAUCAUUUAUCUAAAGAAAGUUCAACCUGGAUCAAUGCCUUGGGAUCACUUUGUCCUUUGAUUCGAGUAGGCCACUCAACGGCUGUUUGGAGCACAAUGCAAACAAUGGAACAUUCAAAGAUUGUGUCCCAAAUGGCACUCUAUUCCCUAUAUAGUGCACUACUUUUGACCAGAAAAGUAGUGAACUAUAUAGGGAAUAGAGUGCCAUUACUGAUGGAGGCCAACUGUAACUGCUUCCUCCAUUCUGGAUGAUCCCUCCCUUCUGGAUGUAAACAACUAAUCACAAUGUACAGAAUUGAUACGUUACGGUCUUCCAAUGUUAUUAUCUCCAUUGAACAAGCCAACGGGGAGAUUCUAAGUGCAGUCCAUUACUGUAUUCUUGGGAGAUUAGUUGAUAUUCUGCCUGCGUCUCGAAUGGCACCCUAUUCCCUACGUACAGUGAGCUCCAAAAGUAUUGGGACAGUGACAAAUGUUUUGUUGUUUUGGCUCUAUACUCCAGCACUUUGGAUUUGAAAUGAUACAAUAACUAUGAGGUUAAAGUGAAGACUGUCAGCUUUAAUUUGACGGUAUUUUCUUUCCUUAUCGGGUGAACCAUUUAGAAAUUACAGCACCUUUUGUACAUAGGGGGGACCAAAGGUAUUGGGACAAAUUCACUUAUGUGUAUUAAAGUAGUAAAAAGUUAAGUAUUAUCGCAGUGCUAGAGGCAUCACUACAGAUCUGGGUUCGAUCCCGGGCUGUAUCAUAACCGGCCGUGAUCGGGAGUCCCAUAGGGCGACGCACAAUUGGCCCAGCGUCGUCUGGGUUAGGGGAGGGUUUGGCCGGGGGGGCUCUAGUGACUCCCUGUGGCAGCCCGGGCGCCUGCAGGCUGACCUCGGUUAUCAAAUGAACGUUGUUUCCUCUGACGCAUUGGUGCGGCUGGCUCCCGGGUUAAGCGGGCGGGUGUUAAGAAUCGUGGUUAGGCGGGUCAUGUUUCAGAGGACACCUGACUCGACCUUCAGAGCCCGUUGGGGAGUUGCAGUGAUGAGACAAUGUCGAAAUUGGGGAGAAAAGGGGGUAAAAUACAACAACAACAAAAAUAAUAAGAAUAAUAUUAAUAAUAAGUUCAGUAUUUGGUCCCAUAUUCAUAGCAUGCAAUGACUACAUCAAGCUUGUGACUACAAAUUUGUUGGAUGCAUUUGCUGUUUUAUUUUGGUUGUGUUUCAGAUUGUAUUGUGUCAUUUUGGAGUCACUUUUAUUGUAAAUAAGAAUAGAAUCUGUUUCUAAACACUUCUACAUGAAAAUGGAAUAACUAAUCCUGAAUGAAAUUGUGAAUAAUGAUGAGUGAUAAAGUUAGACUUACAAAUAUCAUACCCCCAAGACAUGCUAACGUCUCACCAUAGCAAUAGCAGGGGAGGUUAGCAUUUUUGGGGGUAUGAUAUUUAUGCCUCUAACUUUCUCCCUCAUCAUUAUUCACGAAUCAAUCAGGAUGAUCCGUAAUCAUGGUAGCAUCCGGAUUAAUGUAGAAGUGUUUAGAAACAUAUUCUAUUCUUAUUUACAAUAAAAGUGACUCCAAAAUGACACAAUACAGUAUUUACCAUUAAUUUCUAUUGGGCACAAAAUAAUCUGAAACACAAUUAAAACAAACAGCAAAUGCAUCCAACAAAUGUGUAGAGUCACACCCUUGAUGUAGCGAUUGCACGCUAUGAAUAUAGGACAAAAUACUCAACUUUUGACUACUUUAAAACACAUAUAGGUCAAUUUGUCCCAAUUAUUUCGGUCCCCUAAAAAUUGGGGUUCUAUGCACAAAAAGUGCUGUAAUUUAUAAAAGGUUCACCUGAUAUGGAUGAAAAUACCGUCAAAUUAAAGCUGACAGUCUGCACUUAAACCCCGUAGACAUUGUAUAAAUUCCAAUCCAAAGUGCUGGAGUACAGAUCCAAAACAACAACAAAAAAUUGUCACUGUCCCAAUACUUUUGGAGCUCACUAUAUAUUGUGCACUACUUUUGACCAGGGCUCUACCCCUGGUCUAAAGUAGUGCACCAUUUUGAAUGCAGACUCUGUCUUUGGGAGAACAUUAUUUUGAUGUGACUAAUGUGGAAUGUAAGACUUGGGGAUUGACAUUUCAUGGGCAAAGUGUAGGGCUGGCCUCUGGUCAGCGAAACUGAAGCAACAAAUUGUUAUUGGAUAUUGUAUAUGGCCUUUUUCAGAUAGGGAACACUUCGUACCCUUAAUGUUGUAAUGAUUUCUGAGAUUGAGUCAUUAAAUGUUAACAAUGUGGGCAAAGGA